AUGGGGAGGAAGUGCCACGCCGCGGCCGCGCUGGCCAUCGCGUUCGCGGCAGCGGCGGCGGCCGCCGUCGCUGCCGACCGGGGGCUGUCGCUGGUUGGCGCCGCGGUGGCGCCGGAGGAGGAGGAGAUGAGCCUGUUCCGGAAGGUGGCCAAUCUGAUGUGGAGGAGCGACGGCAACUCGUACCAGCACGUGUGGCCGCCAAUGGAUGUUGGGUGGCAAAUUGUGCUGGGCUCACUGAUCGGAUUCUUCGGUGCCGCAUUCGGGAGCGUUGGCGGAGUUGGUGGCGGCGGGAUCUUUGUGCCGAUGCUGACACUCAUCAUUGGGUUUGACCCAAAAUCAUCUACUGCGAUAUCAAAGUGUAUGAUUAUGGGAGCGUCUGUUUCAACUGUUUACUAUAAUCUCAAGCUAAAACAUCCGACUUUGGACAUGCCGGUGAUUGAUUAUGACCUAGCUGUGCUCAUUCAGCCUAUGCUAAUGCUUGGGAUCAGCAUUGGUGUUAUUUUUAAUGUCAUAUUUCCUGACUGGCUGGUCACAGUUCUCCUGAUAAUUCUUUUCCUAGGCACAUCCACAAAAGCCUUUCUGAAGGGCAUUGAGACAUGGAAGAAAGAGACAAUAAUCCAAAGGGAGGCUGCAAAACGUUUGGAGCAAACUGCAGGUGAGGAAGCAGAGUAUGCACCACUUCCUACUGGACCAGGUGCGGCAGCAAACAAAAAAAUCCUCUCAUCAGAUGAAGCGCCAUCACUUAUAAAGAACAUUCACUGGAAGGAGGUUGGUCUUCUUUCAUUUGUGUGGGUGGCAUUCCUUGUUCUUCAGGUCACAAAGAAUUACACUGCUACUUGCUCCCCAUGGUACUGGGUCUUGAACCUUCUCCAGGUUCCAGUGUCAGUAGGAGUGACACUGUAUGAAGGAUUUGGGCUGAUGAGUGGGAAGAGGGUGUUAUCAUCAAAGGGAAGUGAACAAACUACCAUGAAAUUUCAUCAGGUAGUUGUAUACGGUCUAUUCGGUAUAGCUGCAGGACUAGUCGGUGGACUCCUAGGUCUCGGAGGUGGCUUCAUUAUGGGGCCACUGUUCUUGGAGCUUGGCAUCCCUCCCCAGGUUUCAAGUGCUACGGCUACCUUUGCAAUGAUGUUCUCAUCUUCCAUGUCGGUUGUCGAAUACUACCUCUUGAACCGGUUUCCAGUGCCUUAUGCUGUUUAUUUCACCGUUGUGGCGUUUGUUGCUGCCCUCAUCGGCCAGCAUGUGGUGAGGAAGUUGAUCAACUGGUUAGGGCGGGCGUCGCUUAUCAUCUUCAUACUGGCUUUCAUGAUCUUCGCCAGCGCGAUUUCUCUCGGAUUACCCUGGGAGGCUUCUGGAGCAGAGGUUCAGAAGACUACCUUUCGAGCGUUCCAGUUCCUGCCAUACACACCAUUCAGGGAGGCCAUGGAUCAGCUCAGGAAGCAGGAAUACAGGCCACCGGAUCUGCAGAAGAAGCAAGGCAGCAGCGGUGGCGCCAGAGGCAUCCUCCGGACCAGGAGUGCAACACCACCGGCAACCACCGAAGAGGAGAAGGCCUGCACCGUAUGCCUGGAGACAUUCCUGCCCGGAGAGCAGGUGGCGAUCACGCCCUGCAACCACAUGUUCCACCAGGGGUGCAUCGCCCCCUGGGUGAAGGGGCACGGCAACUGCCCGGUGUGCCGGUUUGCGCUCUGCGAGAGGAGGAACCCCAAUGACGCCGCCAACGAAGACGGAGGGAUGGAUCUGGAGCUGCUGGCGAUGGAGGCAUUCAGCCGGUUCAGGCUCUUCUCAGACUCCACGCCACAUUACCACUAG